UACAGACACAUGUAAAUACACACACACAAACAAAGACCUGUACACAUACAUGUACAUACACACACAGAAACAUGUACACACACACACGCACAGAGACACAUGUACACACACACAUACAGACACAUGUAUACACACACAGACACAUGUACAUACACACAGACACAUGUACAUACACAGAAAUACACACACACAGACACAUGUACAUACACACAGACUGUUUAUGUACAUACAUACACAAACACAUGUACAUACACACAGACCCAUGUACAUACAUACACAGACACAUGUACACACACACAUACAUGUACAUACACGCAGACAUGUACAGAUACACACAUGUACAUACACACAGACACAUGUACAUGCAUACACA